CGGGGGGGAGCGGAGAUGGGGAAGGUGGCGGUGGGAGCGGCGGUGGUGUGCGCGGCGGCGGCGUGCGCGGUGGCGGUGCUCGUGGUGCGGCGGCGGAUGCGGACGACGGGGCGGCGGGCGCGGGCGGAGGAGGUGCUGAGGGUGCUCGAGGAGCGGUGCGCGACGCCGAUCGGGAAGCUGAGGGAGGUGGCGGACGACAUGACCGCGGAGAUGGUCGCCGGGCUCCAGGCCGAGGGCGCGAGCAAGCUCAAGAUGCUCGUCAGCUACGUCGAUAACCUCCCCACUGGGGAUGAGAAAGGGCUGUUUUAUGCACUGGAUCUUGGAGGAACCAACUUUCGGGUUCUACGUGUCCAGCUGGGAGGAAAGGAAGGGCGUGUCCUCAAACAAGAAUAUGAGGAAGUUUCAAUUCCACCGCAUUUAAUGGUUGGAAGUUCCAAUGAACUGUUCGAUUUCAUUGCUGCUGCGCUCGCAAAAUUUGUCGCUUCUGAAGGUGAAGACUUUCACCUUCCUCAGGGCAGGCACAGAGAACUUGGUUUUACGUUCUCUUUCCCUGUGAAGCAAUCUUCAAUUGCAUCUGGAAUUCUUAUUAAGUGGACAAAGGGAUUCUGCAUAGAUGAAACGGUUGGAGAAGAUGUUGUGGCUGAACUGACUAAGGCUAUGGAAAGACAGGGACUUGAUAUGAAAGUUGCAGCACUGGUUAAUGACACUAUUGGUACGUUGGCUGGAGGGAGAUACGAUGAUAGUGACGUCAUUGCAGCUGUCAUAUUGGGCACUGGUACCAAUGCUGCGUAUGUAGAGCGUGCACAGGCUAUUCCUAAGUUGAAUGUAGUUCCUAAAUCAGGAGAGAUGGUAAUCAACAUGGAAUGGGGGAAUUUCUGGUCGCCUCAUCUUCCGAUGACAGACUAUGAUAAAGCAUUAGAUUUUGACAGUUUGAAUCCUGGUGAGCAGAUAUAUGAGAAGUUGAUUUCUGGCAUGUAUUUGGGAGAAAUUCUUCGAAGAGUCCUAUUAAGAAUGGCUAAAGAAGCUUCACUUUUUGGAGAUAUUGUACCCUCAAAACUUGAAAUUCCAUUUGUACUGAGGACACCUCAUAUGUCAGCUAUGCAUCAUGAUGCAUCCCCAGAUCUCAAGGUAGUCGGAACCAAACUUAAGGAAGUCUUAGGGAUCCCUAAUACCUCCUGGAAGACGAGAAAACUAGUGGUCAAUGUCUGUGACGUCAUAGCAAAGCGCGGGGCUCGCAUAGCUGCUGCUGGAAUAUAUGGUAUCCUAAAGAAGCUGGGGCGGGACACUGCACCUACCGACACAGCUAGUAAGCGGAGGACGGUAAUUGCCAUGGACGGUGGGCUCUACGAGCACUACGCCAUUUUCAGCAAGUGGCUCCAAAGCACUCUCAGGGAACUGCUCGGAGAAGAAGCAUCAGCUUCUGUUGUUGUCAAGCUCGCCAACGAUGGCUCCGGCAUUGGUGCUGCUCUCCUGGCAGCUUCUCACUCUCAAUACCUCAAGCUCCAAGAAUCAUAAAAGUUUCUCUCUCUCCAUGCUGAGAGACAGCAAAUUUUCUUUCAAUAUAGCCCCUCCCACCCUGUUUUCUUUUCUCUGGUGUUUUAAUUUACUACCUGAGAAGCGGCAUAUAGAAUAACAAAAGUAGAGAGAGGAUGAGGCGGAAGUUUUAAUCUUGUAUAAUCGCAGGAUCUAGAAAUAGGUAAAUGGGCGGUCCAUGCUUUCCUGUCUAGGCCUGCCAACUUCUCAUUUUUCCUUUUCCCGACAUGCAAUGCGGCGAACCAAUUCGCCGAUUUCGCCUGCUUUUGAUUUAUUGAGCAUCGUCUCUCUUUGACAUUUCGACAAUAAAUGGCCAACCUAGUUUCUGGGAGGCCACCCUGAAUCAGAAAUGCUGGAGCUUUUUAAUAAAUGCUUAGUGAAGUGUAAUGGUUGUGGUUGAUCUCA